GAUUGGGGAGAAGGGUUGGAAAGAGCAUCACGCGUGGGCUCGAGUGGUCCCCUACUCGUGCUGGCUGCGAAGUGCCCCAGGGAGGAGAGGGUGGAACGGAGCGUCACGCCCACGGAGGCCGAGGGGACACGGAGGGGACGAGGGAGGGGCGCGGGGGUGGGUCCGCGUCCGUAGCGCUGUGCCUUUGGGUUCGCUCCGCUCGAGGAAUGGUGCUCGUUCCCACGGAGCAGCGCAGCGCAGCGCAUCCCUCGCGGCAGAACGAGAGUCGGGAUUGGAAUGGGGGUUGAGACUAGGACUGAGAUUAGGAUCGGGAUUGGGAUUGGGCUCGGGACUCGGACCAGGAUUAGGAAUGGAAUUGGGGCUGGGAUGAGGAUUGGGAUUAGGAUCAGUAUUAAGAUUGGGAUUGGGACCAGGGUUACAAUUGAGAUGGGGACCGGGGCCCAUCGGUACUGCAGUGCCCAAAGAGGGAAUUUGUUUUCAGAGUUGUCUGAAGAUGAGGCAGCUGUGUUCAGAUAUAAUGAGUUUCCUAACGGCAUUGACUAAAAAUACCCUGAGUGCAGGCAGCAGUGCAUGGUUUCGUUCAGGAUGAGUGCAGCAGCAUGGCCAAAGUAAAUGGGGCAUCUUGUUCAGAUCCCUCUGUUUCCUCCCUCUGUAGCUGUGUGGGUCUCCCAAAUCAUCUGGAUUUUAUUUUUUAUUUUGUUUUGUUUUGUUUUUUGUACCCAACCCACACUUGGCAGGAUGUGCUGCUGUCACACCAGGUGUCCCCUGGGUGUCCUGAACUAUGGAAGUUACAACCUGUAAGGAGUAACCCAGGCUUGAGCCAAGCCAGUGUCCUCGUGGUGCUGUGGCAGGAGGUGCCACGUGAGUUCUGGACCCCAUUGUGUGACAUUACACUGCCUUGCACAGGGAGAACACCGGGAAACACUGCCCAGAUAGGAGCAGACCUGCUAAGGAGCUGCAGAAAUUGGGGGUAAGGCGCUGGUGGCGGUGUGUUCUGCAAAGUGGGGCAUUUCCAGAGCUCUGGGAAGGAGCUGCUCACAAACAGUAGUGCUGCUCGUGGAGAAUUACCCUAAUUAAAGCUGUGCUGCUCCUGCCUGGGGACGAUGACAACUGAUGAGGCCACCAAGCCUGAAGGUGAGGUGCAGGCGGCCGCACUGGCGGAGCGUGGGGAGGACAUCACACCUACCCGUGACCGCGGCGUGCUGAAGAUCAUCAAGAGACCCGGGAACGAGGAUGAGUUCCCUAUGAUUGGAGACAAGGUGUAUGUGCACUACAAGGGCAAGCUGUCCAAUGGCAAGAAGUUUGAUUCCAGCCGCGACCGCAACGAGCCCUUUGUCUUCAGCCUGGGCAAGGGCCAGGUGAUCAAGGCAUGGGACAUCGGGGUUGCUACCAUGAAGAAGGGUGAGGUCUGCUACUUGCUGUGCAAACCGGAGUACGCCUACGGGGCUGCUGGCAGUGCUCCUAAAAUCCCCUCCAAUGCCACCCUCUUUUUCGAGAUAGAGUUGCUUGAUUUCAAAGGCGAGGACCUGUUUGAGGAUGGAGGGAUCAUCCGGAGGAUCAAGAGGAAAGGAGAAGGCUAUUCCAACCCCAACGAAGGUGCUACAGUGGAAAUUCACCUGGAGGGGUUCUGUGGUGGAACCCGCUUUGACUGCAAGGAUGUGAAGUUUGUGGUGGGCGAAGGGGAGGACCAUGACAUCCCUAUUGGCAUCGACAAAGCGCUGGAGAAGAUGCAGAGGGGAGAGCACUGUGUCCUCUACCUAGGGCCACGAUACGGCUUUGGCGAGGCGGGGAAACCCAAGUAUGGCAUUCAGGCGAAUGCUGAGCUGGUGUACGAGGUCACACUGAAAAGCUUUGAGAAGGCCAAAGAGUCAUGGGAGAUGGACACCAAAGAGAAGCUGGAGCAGGCUGCCAUCGUCAAGGAGAAGGGGACAAUGUACUUCAAGGAAGGCAAAUACCUGCAGGCGGUGAUUCAGUAUGGGAAGAUCGUGUCCUGGCUGGAGAUGGAGUAUGGCUUGUCAGAGAAGGAGUCGAAAGCCUCCGAUUCCUUCCUGCUGGCUGCCUUCCUCAACCUGGCCAUGUGCUACCUGAAGCUGCGCGAGUACACCAAAGCUGUUGAGUGCUGUGAUAAGGCGCUGGGGCUGGACCAGGACAACGAGAAGGGCUUGUACCGGCGGGGUGAGGCCCGGCUGCUGAUGAACGAGUUUGAGCUGGCAAAAUGUGACUUUCAGAAGGUGCUAGAGGUGAACCCACAGAACAAAGCGGCCAGGUCGCAGAUUGCCGUCUGCCAGAAGAAGACAAAGGAGCACAAUGAGCGGGACAGGAGGAUCUACGCCAACAUGUUUGCCAAGUUUGCUGAGAGGGAUGCAAAGGAAGCAGCCAGCAAAACCAGAAUAGAAAAAGAGGCAGCGGCAGCAACAUGUGAUGAAGACAAAGAGACAGAGGGGCACGUAUGAUGGAGGGGAUGGCAGAAGGACAAGCCUCCUGCCUUCAGCCUGUGCCGCGAACUUUGCCAGGACUCAGGACCUGCUGGUGUUUCCUUGUAAAGUUUGUUCCAGUUUGUGUGAUUGUGGAUGCAAAAAUGCCUCGCAGAGAUCAGACCAGCCCGGUGCUGCUGCCGGCUGCGAGCAGUUGGAUGGUGUGGGACCAUCACCAGUGGAACGACCACCUUCACAGGGGUGGGGGGACAAAGAAAUCCAAGCUGGAACUCCUGGCUUCAGGAGGCUCACCUUGCUCUAUGUCCUCUGGGAGGAGCUGGGAUGUGGAAGCAGUGUGGCAGGAUGUGACCAAGCCUUCCUCCUGCACUGCCUUUCUCCUCCUUCUCCUCACUGUAGGGCUGGGGGAGCUGCAGCAGGACCCCACUUUGCUCACUGGUUGUGUUCCCUGUUCCCUUUGGCCACAGCAGAGCUGUGGGCUCAAAUUUUUCAACAGAGGUUUCAUGGCAUGGUCAUGGCCCAUAGGAACAAAAAUAAAUAAAUUAA